AUGUCUGCUCCAGCGCUAUCCCAAAUCGUGGAGAAUUACCGACCAGACCUCGCACACUACGAGGAACUCUACAAAUACUUCCACGCAAAUCCUGAACUCUCAAACCAAGAAAAAGAAACAGCGGCUACCAUUGCCGCAUUCCUCAAAGACAAAAUCUCCACCGAAUUUGAUGUUCGCUCCAAUAUCGGCGGACACRGCAUAGCCGCACUCUUCCACAAUGGCACAGGUCCCACCGUCCUCCUCCGCGCAGAUUUUGACGCACUUCCCGUGGAAGAGCGCACAGGUCUCCCGUACGCCAGCAAGAAACGCCAGCGAGACGCAGACGGCAUCGAGAAGCCCGUUAUGCACGCUUGCGGGCACGACAUGCACAUCACUUGCCUUCUUGCCGCUGCACAGACUCUCGUAGCCGCUAAGGAUAGCUGGUCUGGAACUCUUUUGCUGGCUUUUCAACCCGCCGAAGAGCGUGGAACUGGUGCGCAGGCUAUGGUUGAUGAUGGAAUGUAUGAUCCCAAACGCCAUGGAGUCCCUAUCCCGGACGUUUGUGUCGGUGGGCAUGUUGUUCCUUGGAGGUCAGGUGUUCUGGGGACGCGGAAAGGUUUGGUCGCUACUAGUGCGGAUAGUAUGCGGAUUACCUUGCAUGGAAGGGGAGGACACGCGUCGCAGCCACACCGACUUGUGGAUCCUGUUGUCAUGGCUGCGAGUGUUGUGAUGCGAUUACAGACCAUUGUGAGUCGGGAAGUGGAUCCUUGGGAUACGGCGGUCGUGACUGUCGCCAGUAUCCAGGCUGGUGAUGCGGAGAAUGUGGUUGUUGAUGAUGCGAAGAUCGCAGUUGAUGUGCGUGCUACGGAUCAGAAGACCAGGGAAAAAAUGCUGGCUAGUAUUCGCAGGAUCGUCAAGGCGGAGUGCGAUGCGAGCAAUGCCGUCAAGGAACCUACGAUCCAGAUUACGAGGAACUUCCCUCUUACAAUCAACGACGAGGGCGUUACGGGUAAACUUGAGACGAGUUUCAAGGGGCACUUUGUAGAAGGCAAAGAGGGCUAUAAUUGCGAUUGUGAGAAACUUUGUGGCAGCGAAGACUUUGGCAUUUUGGGGUCGGCUGUUGAACGGCCGACGAGCUUCUUCUUGUAUGGUGGUGUGGAUCAUGCGGCUUGGGAUAAGGCUGAGGCAGAUGGGACGUUGGGCGAGAUCCCAAUUAAUCAUAGUGGGUUGUUUGCGCCAGCGAUACAGCCUACGAUGAAGACGGGUGUGGAUGCGUAUGUGCUGUCGGCGCUGACUUGGCUGGUCAGGACUUAG